GCGGCGGGCGGCGUUUCCCGGCGGCGCGGCGGCGGCGCGGGGCGGUCGCCAUGGCAGCGGGCCCGUGGUGCUGGGGGACGCUCGCGGCGCUGCUGCCGCUGCCGCCGCUGCUGCUGCUGCUGCUGCUCGGGGGCGCGCGCCGCCUGCGCCGGGGCCGCGCGGGGUCCCGCGGGGGCGCGCGGGGCGGGCGCGCGCUGGUGCUGACGGCGCACCCCGAUGACGAGGCCAUGUUCUUCGCCCCCGCCCUGCUCGGCCUGCGCAGCGCCGGGGCCGCCCCCGCCGUGCUCUGCUGCUCCGCAGGAAAUUAUUACAAUCAAGGGGAGAUUCGUAAGAAAGAGCUGGAACAGAGUUGCUGUGUCCUGGGGAUUCCUGCUUCUGAUGUCACAGUCCUGGAUCACAGGGAUCUUCCUGAUGAUCCUGCUGUGGAGUGGGACACACAGCUCCUGGCCACCCUUGUCCUGGAGCACAUUGAAGCCAAGAACAUCAACCUGGUGGUGACGUUCGAUGCAGGAGGAGUGAGUGGCCAUGCCAACCACAUCUCUCUCUACAAAGCUGUCAGGUACCUGCAUUCAGAGGGGAAGUUACCUGAAGGGUGCUGUGUGCUCGUGCUGGAAUCAGUAAAUCUCUUCAGGAAAUACAUUUCCUUCCUGGAUGUCCUCAUUUCCUGCCUCCUGCCCAGGGAUGCACUCUUCAUCCUCACAGAGGAGGAGACUGAACAAGCCAAGGCUCCACCUUCACUUUCACCUCCUGAAAUAUGAGCUUUUCUUCUUGAUUCAGAACAGGGCUCAAGGUCAACUCACAAGAGUCUCAGCAGGACACAGGAAUGAGGUGCAAGUGAUUCUAAUGAAGUCUUUUGUAUUGUGAUUUAAACUUUAGCACAGCUAAAGGCAAAGUGCCAAACCAGCAACCCUGGAGUGGUUUACAGAGCAGAGGCAGGCUGAAAACUGAAUGUCACAAAGGAAUGAGACAAAACAGCAUAGAAAGAUUUAUUUAAGAAACAGAGAACAGGUAACAGUAAUUAGAGAUUGAUUUCACCAACCACCACCCAGGAAAGCCCAGACUGCAUUUCCUUGGCAGUGCUCCCAAGGCUGCUGGGAGGAUGUGUCAGGGUUUUGACAUGUCUCUGAUGGUCUUAUGUUCCCUCACUGCUUUCUCCCACUCCUUGCCAUUGAUAUCCUCUGUGAUAAUGGUCUGCACAGUGCCAUCAUCCAGACAGUGGGGAGCGAUUCCUGAAGAAAAACAGAGUACACAGAAACCUACUUUUCAUAAAAUGUGGGAGAUGCCUGCUCCACUCCAUGGCUGGGGCAUCUCAGGGAAUUGUAAAUGCUCUUGCUGUAAGGCUGAGGAACCUGGAUGAGAAUCCUGUCACAGGAAGAAGCCCACACAUUAUGGGUAAGAUUGUUUUUUUAUGGAGGAGCUGCAGGUUCAGACUUCAGUUCCUUUAGGAACAAACUCUUAGGACACAUACUGCUCACUGCUGUCAUGUCAGCAUCCAAUGGAAUCUUUGUCCAAGGUUUACUUGGAGGUUAACUCUGCUUAGCACAGUUUGCUUUGUACCUACCAUAACCAUCAGGGUUAGAACGAGGAGUAUAAAAGCUCUGAACACCACAGGUCUUGCAGAACGUGUGCUGGGCACGGUGUGUGUUGAAGGUAUAAGUUGUCAAAUUGUCAGCGCCCUAAGGAAAGGAAAAGCACUCUAAGUUUUCCAUGGAAAUAGAUGGAUUCAUUACUUUGGAAAGAUACAAUGUAGAAAUGUACAAUUUAAAAUGCCACGUUCCUGUCUUUACUUGAGAUACAGAGCUGUGCAUUCCUGCUCCUUUCCUGAACCCCUGUGCUUUGUAUGGACACGUGUCCAUAACAGUCAGGCCUGGCAACUGCAAGAGCUCUAAACAAAAUGCACCGACACAACCACACCAGACAGCUUAAAAUGCAGCCAUUUCCUCCAGCCAGCCAAACCUAGGGCAGAAAACUGCCUGUUCUUGGCUCUGUGAGGGUAACACUGCUCAUGCUCAUGGCCAUGCUCUUACUGAGUUCUUACUCUACCUUGAGCAGCUUGAAACGCGACGCUGGCACAAUGAAGUGUCGGUUCUGUUUCUUUGUGCAAAUGCUGCAACUGUAAAAGAAAAAACAGACCUUUCUAGAAGUGGACAGGUUGUAGAGCAGCAAUCUGAGCUCUUGACAACAGAAAUCCCACCGACAGCUAGAAUGGCUCAGAGGUAAGUGGCAAAAGUGGAUUUGUGGUGUCAGUAGUGUUUGUCAAGCGCACCUGUGAACAGACUGGCCCUACACAGGUACCCCAAUAAGAUAUCCUCACACACAACUCUUGAGGACAAAGUCUAGCCCUGAGAAAUCCACUUAAUGGUUCAGAGCACAUUUGAGCAAUUCUGCCAACAUUU